UAAAAUGCAUUAUUUUUUUAUUCCGGUUUUUAAGUGCCAUUGAUGAUGUUUUGAAAAGCAUCUAGUUUUUAGAAGUAGGGAUUUUAGUAUAAAUAUCAUACUUCUGCUUAAUUAUUAGUUUAGAUACUUACUUGGUUGCUUAAUUGUUAACGUAAAAAUUUGGUUGCUUACUAUCAUAAAAUGAACCAUUUCCUCACACUGUGCAUUAUUGGACUAGCUGCUAGUACUGCUGUAUUAGCUGAUUUUGAAUGUCCUAAACCUGGAAAUGAGGCAACCUUCUGGCCAGAUCCAGUUAAUUGCUCCGAAUAUAUUGAGUGCUUUGCUGGAAAGGCAAGUAUAAUGGAAUGUCCACCAGAUCUAUGGUGGAAUCAAGAAAAACAAUAUUGUGAUUAUAAAUCGAAUGUCGACUGCAAAAUCGAUCCAUCAGCUCCAACAGAGGCUCCACGUACAAGAGCUACACAGGCUACUCGACCAUCAGAUUUUACGCCAGAUCCUAAUUGUCCUUAUCCCUCUGACAUAAUCACAUACGAUUACGUUCCUGGUAAUUGCUCAGAAUAUUACGAAUGUGAUCACGGACUCAGAUAUCUUGAAAAAUGUCCAGCUAAUAGAUUAUGGAAUCAUAUUAAAAACUACUGUGAUUUCCCUGACGAAGUUGACUGCAGUCGUGCUCCAGUAGCAACAACCACACCUGGACCUUCUACUGCCCCAAGUCAAGUUUGUGUUGGCCAAAAAGACGGAACCUUGUUACCAGAUGCAGAUGAUUGCGCCAAAUAUUACGAAUGUCUACGAGGACAGGCUAUUGAAUUUACUUGCCCAGAUGGUACUUUAUGGGAUCAAGAUGAACAAGUUUGCGACUAUCCUAGUAGAGUCGAUUGCAAAGUAACACCUAAAAGUUUCUAAAGUUGUAUUUAGUACUUUUAAGCAAUCACUAACUGUUCCUCCAAUAUUUAUUUGAAGCAUAGCUUUCUUAUCGCAGGAUACCGUCGAAGCGAUGGACGCGCGAAGGUAUGAUAAAAUAAAAGACGACCGAUUGAAACGACUGUAACGACAUGUCGCGCCACCCCACACUUCGCGUGAUCAGACUAAGGUAAAUGCAGUCGCAUUCGUGUUUCUUAAUAAAAUAAAAAAAUUAGAUAAAUUAAAUAUAUUAUAUAAAAUAAAUUAAAAAAAUUAAAUAAAUAAUUUAAAUGAAUUGAAUUAAAUUAAAUUACAAUAAAAUAAAGUAAAUUCAAUAAAAUAAAAUAGAACAAAAUAAAUAAAAUUAAUUUAAAUUACAUUAAAUAAAAAAAAAAAAUAAAGUAAAUUCAAUUAAAUUAAAUUAAAAACCCUCCCUCCGUGCGUAGACGAUAAGAAAGCUAUGGUUCGCAUCCUCAGUCACUCUCGGAGUGCCACAGCACGUUAUUUAUUAUUGUAUUAUAGUAUGUAUUGUAUAAUAAAAUAUAUUACCGAGAAAUAAAUAAAUAAACUUGUA